AUGGCGCCAUCGCCCAGGACCAGCAGCCGGCAAGAUGCGACCGCCCUGCCCAGCAUGUCCUCAACUUUUUGGGCGUUCAUGAUCCUGGCCAGCCUGCUCAUCGCCUACUGCAGUCAGCUGGCCGCCGGCACCUGUGAGAUUGUGACCCUGGACCGGGACAGCAGCCAGCCACGGAGGACAAUUGCUCGGCAGACAGCGCGCUGUGCAUGCAGGAAGGGACAGAUCGCAGGGACCACGAGAGCCAGGCCCGCCUGCGUGGACGCGCGGAUCAUCAAGACGAAGCAGUGGUGUGACAUGCUCCCCUGCUUGGAGGGGGAGGGCUGCGACCUGCUCAUCAACCGGUCCGGCUGGACAUGCACACUGCCCGGUGGGCGGAUAAAGACCACCACGGUAUCCUGACAAACGCAGCCCCGCGGGGCUCCCGGGAGUGGUCCUGGCUCCUUGGAAAGUCUGCCUCAGCCACGAUCCUCCGCCCUCCACGGACUCUGCCUACCCUCCACUGUCUGCCCACGGUCUCCCUGGGGCCGCUCCAGGACCACCUCCACCUCAGCAUCCUGAGCUGCAGUCUGCCCAGCGCAUCCCAGGAGGCCCGGACUCGAACACACAGGUGGGGGGCGGCACCGGGCAUCAGCAAUACACAGUCUGUGGAGCCCAGCUGUGCCCACCUCCCGGUGGCCAAGCUCUCCUUGGAGCAGAAGGCCAGGAAGCUGCCUCCCAGCCGCUAAGCCAGCCCUGGCACCGGCCAGGGACUGCCAGGUGGAAAAGCAUCUCUUCCUGCACCCCAGACUGUCUGAAUUGCUUUUAUUUUCUUAACUCUCAGCAUACUCAAUAGACCAAAGAGCAGAAUCUAUUUUCACGUGGACGCCCUUCCCGUCGAGUCCCGGGUUCACUGUGGGGCAUGGGAGGGCGUGGCGGCACAGAGAUGCAGGUGAAGGCCGAGGAGCGGAGCAGGCAUCUGCGGCGGAGGCCCCGCCCCACGAACGCUGCGGCACGCCCCAGGAGGAUGACGCAGGCUGGACGCAAGCCUCGGCUCGCCCGUGGGACCUGGCGGGGCGAGGCCGGCACGGCCCCGGUGCGGGGAGCGCACGCACCCGGGGACACAGACCCUUCGCGCCUCUGUGCUUAGACCGACUUUCUCAUACUAAAUCACUUUGUUUUAACCAGUUAGUCAUGCCUCUUCUGCAGCUCCAUUUUUGAUAGUUGGAUAAUCCAGUACUUGCCAAGAGCAUGUUGGGUCUCCCCUGACUGUCCUCCAAUCCACCAUUUAGCUCCAGAAAGCAAAUUAAAGAAAACUGAAGUAACACUGUUUGAAAGAGAUCAUUAAAUGUAUUUUGCAAAGCCUAAAGUUA